UUUCUUUCUCUCUCUCCCCGAGAAGUUCACAACGUACUGCAGUGACCUGAGCUUCUCUGCGUCUUUGUAUCUAUAUAUCCCUCGUUCUCUGACUACUACGUGUUGGAGCAGGAGACAUGGAAUUGUAAUGUUUGGAAGUGUAAAUAUAAAUUUAUAAAUGUGUGUAUAUGGGAAGUAUGCCGUGCCUGUUGCCGCAAUUCAAGUGCUCGCCUGACACUUUCAAGUCUCAGAGCCAUUCUUCUGUCCAUUCAUUAAAGAGUAGAGAGGCCAUCAAUUUCCGGACACAAUGUAUCUCAUCUGUCACGUCGGUGCCAACAGCCACAACAUCAUCAGUGCUUGAGUUGGAGAAGCUACAACUAUCAUCUUUAGAGGCUUUUCCUAAUUCAGUUGCUGCUGAUAGAUCAUGGAGAACAUCGGCAUCAACAUCUGCAGUGCUUGAAUUGGAGAAAGUAGCUUCUCUAGACACUCAUUCAAAUCAUUUUAUUGCAGAGAGACCAUUGACAUAUGGUGGAGCAGUUGGGCCCCCAUCUGAGAUACGUCAUGGAGCCAAUUUGGAUGAGGCGACUAUUUUUACAAGGGAAGAAACUGUCAUCAGUGCUGCUGCAUCUGAAGCACUUGCACUAGCUAAGGAGGCAGUUAAAGUAGCUAAAGAGGCCGCCAUGAUGAUCACCCAUCGUAAAUCCACCAAGUCAAGUAGCACUACCACUGGAGUCUUACCUGAAGUAGAUAAUUUAAUGUUUGAAAAGGGGAAGCUUACCUAUCCUGCGGAAAAAGUUUUCACAGAGUCUAAAAUUGCUGACAUUGGGUUCGGCAGAAAUUUUCCUGUUUCUGAUCCCCUUGCAGAACCUGAUGAUGUGGAACCUAGUGCUGAGGAACUAGAGUUUCUCGAGUCACAACUGUCUGAUAGUAUAACUGUUAGAUCAAAGCGUCAGACAGAACGUAAAGCCAGAAGAAGUAGGGCAGCAGAAAAGGCAGCAGCCAACAUAGUGUCUGUGAAAUCUGGUUCUUCAAGCCGGAAAAAACGCUCUUCUGUACAGGAAAUAGAUUAUUCUGAUCCCUUACGUUACUUAAGGGGGACAACAAGUUCUUCUAGGCUACUUACUGCUUCCGAAGAACAGAUGUUGUCAGAAGGGAUCCAGGUCCUACUGAAGUUGGAAAAACUACAGGAAGAGCUUACUCAACGUUUUGGAAGCCCGCCUACUUUUGCCCAAUGGGCUGCCGCGGCUGGUGUUGAUCAUAAAACCUUGAGAAAACAACUGGAUUAUGGUCGUCUAUGCAAAGAUAAAAUGAUUAAGAGCAACAUACGGCUAGUUAUUUCUAUUGCAAAAAAUUACCAGGGAGCCGGGAUGAAUCUUCAAGAUUUGGUUCAGGAAGGGUGUCGCGGACUCGUGAGAGGUUCAGAGAAAUUUGAUGCCUCAAAGGGUUUCAAGUUCUCCACCUACGCUCAUUGGUGGAUAAAGCAAGCAGUACGAAAAUCACUUUCUGACCAAUCCCGGACAAUUAGACUACCAUUUCACAUGGUUGAAGCUACUUACAGAGUGAAGGAGGCAAGAAAGCAACUCUACAGCGAAAAUGGUAGAGUUCCUGAUGACGAAGAAGUUGCUGAAGCAACAGGGCUCUCCAUGAAGCGACUUUCUGCAGUCAUGCUGACCCCCAAAGCUCCAAGGUCCCUCGACCAGAAAAUCGGAGUCAACCAAGACCUCAAACCUUCAGAUGUGAUUUCAGACCCUGACGCAGAAACAUCAGAGGAGUUGCUGACUAAGCAGUUAAUGAGACAGGACUUGGCAAAGGUUCUGGACAGCCUGAAUCCGAGAGAAAAGCAAGUUGUGUCGUGGCGGUUUGGGCUGGAGGAUGGUAGAAUGAAGACAUUGCAAGAAAUAGGGGAGCUUAUGGGUGUGAGCAGGGAAAGGAUCAGGCAGAUAGAAUCAAGCGCCUUUCGUAAGCUGAAGAACAAGAAGAGAACGAAACACCUGCACCAGUAUGUGGCGUCAUAGCAACUCCCCUUCAUAUUUUUGAGGCUUGCUUGUUGUCUGGUUCGUGUUAGGGAAUUUUUCUCAUUUUUCAUCAGCUUUAACCCUUCUCUUUACGAGAUCAGCAUAUAUAUCAUGAUAAGAAUAGCUCCUAUCAUGUGUGAAUACCACAUUUUUGUGUUACAUAAAUUUGUUUUUGUUUA